AUGUCUCACCAAUCAAUAUCUCUCUUAAAGAAUCUCAUUAGUAGAAUCACUACCGGGUCUAGGAUUCAGACCCGGUCCGUGACCUACAAGACCAGACCCGUGACAGUAAUCCACGGUGAUGUGACAAACGAGGUGGAGCAAGUGAUGGAUGCAAUGCACGCGCCGGUCUACUUCGAGACAUAUGACAUAAUUAAAGGGAAGUAUGAAUCAUUUGCCACGGGAAAUGGCGGGAUCGAUACGGAAGAACAAAGUGCGUUUGAAUGUCGCUACAAUAAUGUUGACAUUGUGGUGAUAAGAGAGAACACGGAAGGCGAAAAUGCAGUGCGUGAGCACCAAGUUGUUCCCGGUGGUGUCAUACAGAGCUUUAAAGUGACAAUGACAAAGUUCUGGUCUGAUCGUAUCGCGAAGUUUGCUUUCGAAUAUGCUCAAUCGAACAAAAGAAAGAAAGUUACAGCAGUGCAUAACAAGCAAAAAGACGAAAUAUUCAUGAAACUAGCUGAUGCUUUCUUCUUGGAAUCUAGUCAAGAAGUUGCUAAAAUGUAUCCAAACAUCACCUACGACGAAAUCUGUAUUGCUAACUGCUGUUUGCAACUUGUUGAGAAACCAGAGCGAUUCGAUGUCAUUGUAACUCAAGAUGAUCUCUGUGGGAAUAUAGUUUCAAACAUUGCUGCUGGUGUUGCUGGAGGAUCCAUUAUGCCUGGAGGACAUUUUGGUUGUGAGCAUGCAGUCUUUGAGCAAGUUGAAUCCGUAGGAAUCGGUGAUAACCCGGUGGCGUUACUCAUGUAUUCGGUUAUGAUGCUGAGAUAUCUUAAGCUUCUUUUAUCCGCGGACAGGCUUGAAACCGCUGUGAAGCGCGCUAUCUCUGAAGGAAAGUGUGGAAAUAAUAGUACUACUACACAGGAUGUUGUUGAUGCUGUAAUUGCAAACUUGGAUUGA